AUAGUGUGACAGCCCUGUAAGUUCCAUUUUUGCUCCAUUAGUCAUUGACAAUUAGAGAAAAAUUUGUGUCCAACAAAAGUUCAUCUGCCAGCUGUAGUAUCUGUAUGUAGUAGAAUUAUGGAUAUCUGGGUUGUGUUGUUUAUUGUUAUCAAAUAUAUUAGCCACAUGGCGGACUGCUGUUGGUCUCGGUUAUCUCACUGGUGCAGGGAUGGGAUACGAACCCAUGCUAUCAGAAUUUGAUUAGUCACAGGAGCGGUGGCAGCACUACGUCGAGCGGAUGGAACACUAUUUCGAAGUGAACAAGGUCAAUAAAGCAGAGCGUCAAUGCGCCAUAUUUCUGAGCAGUGUUGGCACGAAAACGUAUACACUCCUAAUGCAACUUGGUGCAAAGAGUUGUGCAACAUGCUAUCAGCACACUUCAAUCCAAAACCGUUAGUGAUUGUGGAACGCUUUAAGUUCCACAGUUGUGUGCGCCAAUCAGGUGAGUUGGUGAGCACAUUCGUAGCAGAAGUUCGCCGUCUCACAGAACACUGUGCGUUUGGGGACACCCUGCCGAUAUGCUUCGCGAUUGUUUGGUGGUGGGAGUACAGGAGCCACAUAUCCAACAACUAUUGUUAGCGGAUGGAGAUUUGCAUUGGCCCAAAGCACUUGAAGUACCUCAAGCCAUGGUACUGGCAGCAAAGAAUGCAGAGGAGUUAACUCCCAGGGCACCGUCUUCAACGGUUCUAGCGCCAGAAACAACUACUGCAUCUGUUCACUUGGCCAGAGACAGAGAAUCUACCCCGUCUACUUGCUACAGGUGUGGAUAGAAAGGCCACAGACCAUCAGUUUGUCGCUUUAGGUCGGCUACUUGCAACAAUUGCAAAAAAACAGGGGCAUGUACAGAGAGCAUGUAAUGCUAAAAGAAACAAAGGAAAGCCAAAGCCACACCAGAACACCAGGCAGCUGUAGUCAACGAGGAAUGUGAGUCAUCAGAAGAGGAGACACUGGAAUUACACUACCUCAGCCAGGAAGAAGGGGUAGUGAAUAGUUUAGCAUCUAACCGGAAAUACCAGUAUGUGUGGAAGGUAAAUCAUUGGACAUGGAGAUUGAUACGGGAGCUUCUGUCUCCCUUAUUAGUGAGGCCACAUACAAAAGCCUAUGGAAGAAACAACGACCUGCCCUUUGAACAAUAUCUACGACACUGAGAACUUAUACAUGCGAGAAGAUUCGAGUUGUGGGCAAGAUUAUAGUGCAUGCAAGCACGAAGCAAUGUAGAAGAGGAAUGAAUCUUCCUAUAUUUGUGGUUGGUGGAAUUGGCCCAAGUCAUAAAGGCGGAUGGUAGUGUACUAUGCAUUUGCGGUGAUUACAAACUACUGUAACUGUCAACCCAGUAGCAAAGGCUGAUGUUUACCCUCUACCACGCAUAAAUGAUCUGCUGGCAAGGUUAGCUGGAGCCCAAGUAUUUCAAACCUUGAUAUGUCACCUACCAACAGGCAUAGUGAAAUUAAGGGUACUGAUCCACUGAAGCUCAAGGUACGUGAUCGUGAUGAGGUGAUUGGCCAGGUAAUUGUUCCACUCUCCCAGAUCCCAGGACCGGAUGGUCGUUGUGAACGAUGGGCACCAUUAUCAGCACCACACCGAUCUUCUUUCACUGCACAGGGAGAACUAAGUUUUGAAUCGUGGGUCAGUAAAGGAAAGCCAUUUAUAAACAGUCAGCUAAAUACUUCUCGAUUGAGUGAGUCACCUUCGCCAAUGAAACCUGCAGUAAGGCAGCAAGGCCAGUCUUCAACAUCAAGUGGCAUAUCAGAGUCUGUAUUUGAGAAGACCUCCCUUUCUAGCCAUCUUGCAACAUCACGACGUUUAUCUCAAACUGUAUCACGCUCCACAGGAGAUUUGACUGGAGAAGGUGGUUCGGUGAAAGGCCACAAAAAGAAUGCAUCAGUAUCAUCCUUGAAUGAUGUUAGACAUGAUGAUACAUCUAAAUCUCAGUCUGAUACACAUGAAUCUUCAGUCCCUCAAUCUGCUGUGAACAAUAAACAGCCAGAGGUAACUGGUAUAUCUCCACGAUCUGGCCCUAUUUCAGGUGGAACUCGGCUCACACUCAGAGGCUCUAACCUUGGACGGGACUCUGAUGAUGUGAUAGGAUUGACAGUAUGUGGAAUUGACUGUUUAUCUUCAAUGGAGUACUCAUCCCCAGCCAAACUCAUUUGUACAACAUUUCCAGCUAGUAAAUCAGUCAGCGGACCAGUUGUUGUUGAAACACAAAGUGGAGGCAGAGGAAAGUCUACAGUAACAUUCACUUAUAAACAGCACGACUAUGACAUGGAUGAGGUGCCACAAGAUUCAACGGUUAUAUCUCAUCCACGCUUACUUGAAAGACCCGGAUCAAACAAAAAGAGCGCAUCGAGUAAGAGAGACAAAGCAGCAACAAGGGAAGCCGAACUAGAAGAAAGAAUUCAACACCUGGAAUGUCAUGUCAAAGAUCUCGAAGAAGAAAACAUUGAGCUGAAGGCAUACGUUGACAAUAUACUGAAGAAGGUUAUGGAGAAGAGUCCUGAAAUAUUGAUGCAUACCUGAUUCUACAGAAUGCAGCAGAAACUUGCAGAUGCACUGCAUGUA